UGUGGGUUUGACUUCUUAUAUUUAGAGACUUAGUUCACACUGACUCAUCCUUUGAUGACAUGUUUUCCUUAACUUGCACUGAGAAAGCAAACAUGUUAUUAUGUAUCAGGUAUCGAAGCUCAAAGAAAAAAGAUGCAACAUAAAACAGCUUCUUUUUCUCAUCACCACAAGAAUGGAACAUACCAUAUGACUACAAAGGAAUUACAUAAAAAAGGCAGCAAGGUAAUUCCUUAAUGUCCAGAACCGAGAAGCAGUCAUACUAACUGAAGGAGUGCAGGCAAAGAGAUUACUUUCACAGAGUCAUAGGAUGCAAAACAAGGAACGGAAUUAUAUAGCCAGUAGUCGUAUGACGGUGAUAUUAACUGGAAGUGAAAUAUUUAUCCAGGGUGAACAUUUAAACCAAAUGCUCGCUUGUUAUUUCCUGCUGAUAUGCAUAUUGCCUGUUGCCUUUGCAAUAAAACCAGCUAGAAUGUCAAUAUUUCAAAAAAAGCCAUUUAUAGCGGCAUGGAAUGCACCCACAGACUUAUGUACAUCAAGGUACAAUGUUAGUCUGCCUCUUAAAAUGUUUCAUCUAACAGGAAGUCCACUAGCGACUGCAAGAGGCCAAAGAGUUACUUUGUUUUAUGCUAACAGAUUAGGAUUCUAUCCAUGGUACACUGAGGAAGAAAUUCCAGUCAAUGGUGGGCUACCACUGAACUGCAGUUUGGAAAUGCACUUAAACCAAAGCAUAAAAGACAUUCAUAAAUAUAUUCCUUCAGAAGACUUUAAUGGUCUUGCUGUUAUUGACUGGGAAUACUGGCGUCCCCAGUGGGUACGUAACUGGGACAAAAAAGACAUCUACAGAAAGAAAUCAAAAGAAUACAUUUCAAAUGGACUGAAGAAUGUUUCAGCGAGUGAUCUUGAAAAAUUAGCAAAAGUGGCAUUUGAAAAUAGUGCCAAGGCAUUUAUGAAAGAAACCGUUUCUCUAGGGAUUCAAAUCAGACCCAAAGGGCUAUGGGGAUACUACCUAUACCCAGACUGUCACAACUACAAAUUUGAUAGCACAAAUUAUACAGGCUCAUGCCCUGAGCAGGAAAUCAUAAGAAACAAUGAACUUCUAUGGUUAUGGAAUAGCUGCACAGCUCUUUACCCUUCAAUUGCCAUCAAGAAAUCUCUUAAAGACAGCUCUAACAUGCUAUCUUUCUCCCAGUUUAGACUUAUUGAAUCUAUGAGGAUUGCAUUAAUGACCAACCAUGAAUACUCUUUGCCGAUAUUUGUCUACACUCGCCUGGGCUAUCGUGAAGAACCCUUGACUUUCAUGUCUCUUCAAGAUCUCAUUAGUUCAGUGGGAGAAAGUGCUGCUCUAGGCGCCGCAGGAUUUGUUGUAUGGGGAGACAUGAACCUGACGUCUUCAAAGGCAAACUGUACAAGAGUAAAACAAUAUGUUACAUCUAUUCUGGGUCACUACAUCACAAACGUGACUAAGGCCACUGAGGUGUGCAGCCAUAACAUUUGCCACAGUAAUGGAAGAUGCGUUCGGAGAAACUCACAAGAGCCAGACUAUCUACACUUGAAUCCAGAAAGCUUUACAAUUAGUCGAUCCAGAGGUGAUGAUUUCAUUGUUACAGGAGAGCCCUCGCAGACUGAUCUGGAAUUAAUGGCAACUAAAUUUGUUUGCCACUGCUAUCAGGGAUAUAAUGGACAAAACUGUCAACAUAACAAUGAAGCUGAUGUACCAUUAGAUAGUGCUUUUGCAAUUCAACACAAUCUGAUUGCAUGUCUUAUAUUAGUAUAUAUUUUUGUUGUCCUUUGACCCCUAUUUUAAGACAUAGUAAAACAAAAUUUUAGUGGAAUGCACACGUGCCAUGUUGCCUUUUUGAAUGUCAGUAGCUGAAAGAAGGUACACCAUUUAGAUCAAAUAAUAUAAAUUAAUAAUUGCCUCUAAAGGGAUUCAAAUAUAAAAGGAAAAAGGUCAUUAUAUUUUGUACUUUAGUGAAUCUCAAGUUACUGGGUAAAUGAUUAUUUCAAGCACAUGUGCGCAUAAUUACGAAUUCAUUAUAUACCAGGAUUUGACUAUGAAAAAAGCUGAAAAAGCCAUAUCCCAUUUUCGCAUACAUGGAAAGCGUGAAAAAAAAACAAAAGAAACACAGACUCACUCAUACAAUCUUGACCUUUGAGUUCAUUAUACUUUUUCUUACUGUAAACAGUAGUACAGUUUUCAUUCACAGUUUCUAUGUAUUGAGGUGCUGUUGUGGUCAAGUAGUGUUACAGCCACUCUUGCAUUACUAAAGGAUUAUUUGAAUAACCAACACAAAUAAUGUGUCACUGGCAGAGUUUUGUAUUCAGUUUGAAAGAAAUUAGAUGCAAAUAAACUAUUUUCUUUUUUCACGG